GUAACAUACUCACCGGCAACAUACGACCAGCAUACAUUGAGUGUCGACUGACCAAUGAAAGAAGGAAGAUGAAAGGAGGUGUCAAACAAAAGCUACCCUGUAGCACUGGCACAAAGGUCUUGGGAUGAAAUCAGAAAUAUUCGUAUUCUUGCCUCAGUCCGCUGCAAAGUGUCGAUUGUAUUAGAUAUAGAAAAUAAGAUACAUUUCUUGUCUUUCCAGCGACACACAAAAAUGCACGCAUUAGCUGGAGAGAAAGAAAAAAAACCAUGCAUCCAACAAUAUCCCAGUAGCUGACUGUAACUGAUAAAUUCUGUGCCCUGUUCGCUGGAAACCCGUUGGUCAGAAAUACAAUAGAGCAAAGUGCCAACCAUUGGCUGCCCUCUAGACGGACGGCUUCGGAGGUGAGUCUCGAUUUUCUUUUUUUUUUUUUUUUCUUUUUUUUUUUUAAAUUAAAUUUCUUGAAAACCCUUUAUUUGGAGAUUUUAUGUUUGAAUGAAACCUGCCUAAGUUGACUGUAACAUUCGGAUAUGUAAACAUUAUUACUUUUUAUUGACUGCUAUCAAAUGAAAAAAAUGGGGUUUUUUUCCUAAAUCUACAAACGUACAAUGUUAAUCUGUAAAUUAAAAGCACACAGAGACAAAAGUACACAAACCAAAAGUGUUUAUAUAACGGUCUCGGGGUCAAUCUCAUUUUAUGGGGUCAGGUACACACUUAAAAACAGGUAAAACACUUAUCUCGGGGCUAGUCUUAUUGCCCUCGAAGGAGUUAUGUCCCUGUCAAUAUCUAGGUCAGUGUAGGUAUGCAGAGCUACACGAGGCAUCAAACCAGCAAACGCUCAUCAUCCACGUGCUUGUCGGUUCCCCUUCUCCUGCACACACAGAGACCCACACAGAAGACCCCUAACUAUCAGUUUCGGAAGAAUCUUAAUUUAGAUACAUGCAUAGAAAUGUUUCAAGUUAAUGAAAAUCUGUGCAUGUACACCAGUUAUUAUUGAAUGGUCAUGCUUAUAAAAGAAAAACAAAAAAAUAUAGCAACAGAACGUGCAGCCAAAACAGAGAGACCGAGUGAGGUAAGAACUAAUCACUGGCUGUGAGAGGACAAAGGUAGAUGUCAUUAGUCCCGGGGAUCGCUUGAGGAACAAUAACGGAGACAGUGAGCCGCGUAUUAUAAAAGGUUUGAUCGAAAUUUGAGAAGACUUUGCUUCUAACCUUAAAAAAAAAGCUGCGACGACUGUUACAAUGCACGUUGUGCGCAGAAAAGAGGUAGGGUGGAUGGAAUGUUACUAAAGUGCCCGUUGAUCACUUUGAUUUGAAAUGAACAGAAGUCAAUCUAAAAAAAAAAAUCAUAUAACACUACAUCAUAUGCGGGAUAAAGAAACAUUAGAAAUGGGAGGGAUAAAGUUGGGCAGAAAGAAAAGUGUAAAACGCCAAAUAGUAAAAGCAAAAACGAAACUAUAAAAAAUAUUUGUAAUAUUCGGACACCUGGAACGGAAAUUCCCCACUGACAUAAGCGGAUAACGGUACCUACCUCUGACUGCAGUCACGUGACUGUGUGGCUUUGACCUUGUCGCAAUGCGGAUAUUCGAUCACGCUUUCUGAACAUCUGGGUACAACGAUGGCAGAAGCAUCAGACGAAAAAGAAUGUAUCGUGUGCACUAAUCACUUCACCACACCAAAGAUUCUACCCUGUGGUCAUCUCCUGUGUCGACAAUGUGUCAUUUCCUGGAUGGACUCAAACCCUGACGCAGGUUGUCCGCUGUGUAGAUGUCCUAUAGUUGAGCCUGGACAUCAUGCACAUCGAAAACCAGUAAAUGUUGCAGACGCCCUGCCUACAGACUUAGUGAUGGAAGCCGUAGUACAGAGCGCUGGUGUGCUGGCUCAGGAUCCCAACUGCCGUGCAUGUGAGGAAGGCAAGGCUGACUUCAUCUGUCUCCAGUGUCUUGACAUGAUGUGCAUAUCCUGUGCCAGGAUACACAAGAGAAUGUCCAUGACCCGAGGUCACGAUGUAGAGAGUCUCAGCACUGUCACAGCUGAAAGUCUGGCUGCCAGGGGUCCAGGAAUGUGUGCUGACCACGGCGAAAAACAUUCUUUCUUCUGUCAUGAUCACGGACUCGCUCUCUGCGCAUCCUGCAGGGACCUGCAGCAUAAACCAUGCAGAGCAGUCAGCAAGCUUGACGAGGAAAUGACAUCAGCAAAGAAGUCUCUAGAAGAUUUGAUCGUCCAGCUUCAAAAAAGAGGAGCAGACCCUGGAACAGGCCAUAGCUCAUCUGGAAGGUCGUCUGGUAGACGUGGUCAUCAGCGAGCAGGACGACAUGGCGCAGAUCGACCAAGCAUGUGACCAUCUUCACCUUCUGGUGGAGGAUUUCCGUAUGAACGUAAAGGCCAUGAGUCGAGCUUCGCAUUCUCAGUUUAUAAAGUCACUAAAUGAGGUUAAGAGUGCGCGUAGUCAGCAGCUAGCCAACAUCACAUCACAUAAAAAUAUCGUUGUAAGAGCCAGAGCAGUCGCACCAACUCCCACCCUGAUACCCGCGGCCCAAACCCUGACAAACAGGGUCAACAGCUUUAACCUCAGAUACUACUUGAUUGCACUCCCUUCCAAAACUUCUAAACGGUGUGAAGAUAAAGUCCGACAGGUAGAGAAAAUAUUACGAAUCCAGAGUCACGUGUAAGCAAUAUUCUUUUCCUCUCGUGAAAAUGGCGAAUUUGCGACUCACGAUGUCAGUUUUCUAUUUGUUUUAUAUGUUUUGUUUGUAAGUAUAACUUUUGUUCCAUAUUUUGAUUCUCAAGCAAUUCUGUUUUAAAGAUAGCGAUUUGAGUGAACAUUUAUACAUACUGGAAUAUACUUAAUAUAUCUCCAGAAAAUAUGUAUAAUCAGUGGUAUAUCAGACUGUUGGCAGCAUGAAAAAGUAUUACAGAGGGUCAGAAACAACAGUGGUUUGACAGAAAGAGACUCGAGACUAGUCAAUAAACAUUUUAUUAACAUAUUAUGUGACUGCUGUACGUGAGCCAUAGGGACAACAGGCCAUGAUGAGUACAUUGACCCUGUUGUCUAGAGGGAUCUGAACAUAUAACCAGAUGUUCUUUUUAUUAUCUUGUUCUUCACUGUAAACGCAGUCAACGGACAAAACACUUGACUGUCAUUCUCGGUACAGUGGACUGAACGCAGUUCACAACAAUACACAAUCGUGUUUGAUCAUGAUAAUCAUGUUUUCUCUAGAGCGCUCUGUCUACCUUACCUACUAUCUUCCUUUUUGUGAACCAUUGCUCAAUCCAAAUUUCGAGAAAGAUCAGAGCAAAUUAUAAUUUUUGACCAUAGAAAUGGGCCUAGAAUUAAUACUGAUACUCUGAACACAAAGAUACAUACAUUUUAAGGAAAUUAGAAGUGAUCAGAUAACAAAAAUUGAACAUGAUUGCACAAUUAUCAAAGUAUUAAUGAUUUUGUGAUUGCUAUAAAAAAAUUAUUGCAUUGCAUAUAAACAAUUUUGUUUUAAUUUUCAGUGCAAAUUUAUGAGAAAUAGUUUUAAAAAUCGUGUGAUUUCUGUUAUUUCAAUGAUGUUACUUUAUAAUUGAAGUUGAAUCUUAAUCAUUGUUUUUUCUUAUAAUUAUAA